AUGUCCCGGCCACCGCAGGGCUAUGGUCAACAGCAACCAAGAGUAGGCGCCACUUUUUAUCCUGGUGGUACGGACGAUUACUAUGUCCCAGAAGUCAUCUCCCCUUCUCCUCAAAGAGUGAUGCCUGAGGUCCCUGAAAACAUGCAGGAUAAUAUUGCCCAUCUCGAGCACGAGGCUCGCGGUCCAAGGUCGUUUAGCGGUCAGCAACCACCGUCGUACGAUCGACCCCAGUUUCCUGACCGUUCCUCUUCCAUGCCCUCGCCAGGCUACAAUAAUCAAGACAGCUAUUAUAAUGGUGCAAGUUCCGGUAGCAAUUCAUACAACCAAUCGUCCGUCUACGAUGGCAUGGAUCACCCGAACUUCUCUCCCUUCCCGGUGCUUCGCAAUCCUCCCCCCAAUGUCCCUCCAACUGACGAACAAAAGGAGGCAAAUCUGGAAAAGGGGCGCGUCGCAGUUCUGUCGUCCAAUGACCCGGAAAUGCAGCUCGCUUGGGCUCAAGAUGCCCUCUCAUACGUGGAGAUAGCCAUGCAGAACGAGAUGCGAACGUCGCAAAACCAGCCUGCGCGACCACACACGCCUCAGGUGGAACAUCAGCUGAGGACGGAUGCUCUGAGCAUUGUGACUUUUCUCUCGGAACAGCGCCACCCGCAUGCCGAGUUCAUCAAAGGCAUGUGGUUGGAGUUUGGUAAAUUCGGUUUCCGCGUCGACAAGAAGGAGGCUUUCCGCUGUUAUUCUCGUGCGGCAGAAAAGGGAUAUGCGCGCGCAGAGUACCGAAUUGGCAUGCAGUUCGAGAGCUCCAAUGAGCCCGCAAAGGCGAUAAGACAUUAUGAGAAAGGUGUUUCUAUGCGGGAUUCGGCCUCCUACUACCGUCUUGGUAUGAUGAUUCUCCUAGGCCAGCAUGGACAACGACAGGAUUACAGCAAAGGUUUGGAAUACAUUCGUUAUGCUGCACAGACCUGUGAUGAGAAUGCGCCUCAGGGUGCUUACGUCUAUGGAAUGUUACUCUCCCGGGAACUACCUCAAGUCGUGGUGCCUGAGCAAUAUCUGCCCAUUGAUAUCAACGGCGCUCGAGUAAAUAUUGAAAAGGCGGCGUAUCAUGGAUUUGCCAAAGCUCAGGUCAAGAUGGGAGCCGCUUAUGAAUUAGGUCAACUGGGAUGCGAUUUCAACCCCGCAUUAUCACUACAUUACAACGCUCUGGCCGCUAGACAAGGCGAACCAGAGGCCGAAAUGGCGAUCAGUAAAUGGUUCCUUUGUGGCCAUGAAGGGCUUUUCGAGAAGAAUGACGAGAUCGCUUUUACAUACGCCCAGCGCGCCGCUCAAAGCGGGCUACCCACUGCAGAGUUUGCGCUUGGUUACUUUUACGAAGUCGGAAUUCAUGUCCCCGUUGACAUCCAGGAGGCCCGAAGAUGGUAUGCUAAGGCAGCUGCCAGUGGCAAUAAGGAUGCUGCCGGUCGAAUUGACAGCAUAUCGCGUUCCAAGACCCUUUCUCGAAAAGACCAUGAGCAGGUCGCCAUUGCUCGAAUUAAAUCCCAAUACGGAUCAGCUGGUCGACCGCGACCGUCUUAUGGAGGAGCAGCACAAGCCGCUGCUAUGUCGCCGCCUCAAGAAACCUUGGAGAUGCCCGACCCCUCACGGAUGCGUAUAUCCGACGACGGAUACGGAGCACCGUAUGGAGCCAACGGACAGGGCUACGGACGUGGUAGCGCAUAUGGGGGUCCUCAACAACUAGCUGAGGUUCGCCCUAGCUCUGCGUUUGGAAUCAACCCCAGUAUUAGCUCAGGAAAUUAUGGCCCCGCUGGCCCUGCUAGUCCAGGCGGUCCAGGCCCAGGUCCAGGGGGAUAUGGCCGCGUUCCCUCGGGUGGUCCUAUGGGAUAUCGUCAAGGUGGUUCUGGUCCCAACUCGCCUAAGAUGCCACCGCCUGGCGAUCCACAGGGUGGCCCCCGGCCAGAUAUCGGAUAUUCUGCACCUCUAGACUCGGACCGCCGACGACGACUCCAACGACCCGAUCCUCAAGGCAUGAGCCGGCCUUCUCCAGAUAUGAACCAUGGCAUGCCACCAGAUCGCCGUGCCGGCAGAACGCCAGAUUUCAGUAGCAGACAGUCGUCCGGUGCUUAUCCUCCUCGAAACCAGUCGAUGCCUCCAGGGUCAAUGCCUCCAGGAGGCCCCGGCCGUCCUUCCCCAGCCACCACCCCACGACCACCUGGUGCUCCAAUGAACCAGCCUCCUAUGAGUGGCGCACCUCCUUCGAACCCGCCCUCGAAACCGAGCACUCCGGCGGCCAAGCCAUCGCCCGCGCCUAGUAAAGGGCCAAAGACAUUUGAGGAGAUGGGUGUCCCUCAAGGAAAACAUGAGAGUGAAUGCAUUUUGAUGUGA